UAGAAACAAGCACCCUGUGAAGAGAAGGGAAGAUCAUGAGAGGAGAGCUCUUCACUCACUUGGCGCACAAUUAAGAUAGAAUCGUCCAGCGAGACUUCGUGGUGGAAGCGUGGAAGCGCAGCUCAGAGUAGCAGCACCCCCUUCGUUUUCUCGCGAUUUCUCGCGACUUAAUCGAGCAGAAGGAGCUGCGCACCUGAAAAGGGCGACCAGGAUCUUAGCAUAGAGAGUUUAUAGACUCGGGUUUCACAGAAGAAGAGAUUUUAGCCAAGCAACAGUAAAGUACCUCAAAGUCGGAGAUGGCUCCAGCGAAGUUCUCCCCCUCCUCGUCACAGCUGCAUUUGCCUGCUGGCUUCAGGUUCCAUCCCACAGACGAGGAGCUCGUCGUCCACUACUUGUGCAAGAAGGCCGAGUCCAAACCAUUCCCUGUUCCUGUGAUAGCCGAAGUAGACCUCUACAAGUUCAGCCCCUGGGAUCUCCCGAGCAAGGCCUACUUCGGCGAGCGAGAGUGGUACUUCUUCACUCCCAGAGACCGAAAGUAUCCAAACGGUGCUCGCCCCAACCGAGCAGCCGGGUCCGGCUACUGGAAGGCCACCGGCACUGACAAACCGAUUCACACCCGAGGCAACCGCAAAGUUGGCGUCAAGAAGGCCCUCGUCUUCUACGAUGGAAAAGCUCCAAAGGGCGUCAAGACCAACUGGAUAAUGCACGAGUACCGGCUGGUCGAGUCGAGCAGCCACAAGCCGGCCAAGGAUCACAAAUCUCUCCGACUGGAUGACUGGGUGCUGUGUCGGAUAUAUGAAAAAACCAGCGGGGCCUUCAAAGUCAUGGUGUCGUCGCGUCACACUGAGCCCGAGCCGGAAGCCGAGAUGGAGCCCGAGCAGGAGGCCGAGGCCGAGGAGUCCGAGUCCGGGUUGGACGAAAUGCUGGCAGCCUUGCCGGACAUAGAUAACUCCAAGCUAGCGCUUCCCCAGUUCUGUGCUCAUGAGAACCUGAUGACUGCCAGCUGCUUGCCCGACGAUAUGCCUGAAGAUCUAUCCAACCGAAGUGGAGUGCCCCAGCAAAGUCAGUACCACGACGACUAUCCAAAGAGUUCCAGCUCGGAGCCGUGUUUUGGCAACACCUCGGAGCUGAGUACGUACUGGUCCCUCUAUCCGCAAGGCAAUCUCUUUGGAGGCUGGGAGCAGUCUCCAACACUGAAAAGAGCACCAAGUACGAUCAGCGACAUCUUGGAACACAUGCAAGCUAGAAAGAGGAUAAAGGUAAACCUUGAGGACGACGACGUCCAGAGCACUUGCAGAUCACCUCUUCCUUCCUGCAGGCGGCAACAACAGCAACAGCUUUACCCGUUGCUCUAAGUCAAGUAAGGAUAGAAUUUUUUUUGAGCAUGCUGGAGAACGUUUUUUAAUGGCUCUCGUUGAGAGAGCACGCAAACGAAUGCUCGUAAUGUACAACAUGCUUUCCUGUAACAUCAAAAUAUUAGGCAGAUAUGCUAAAA